AUGUUACCUGUGAAGAAAAUCGAUAUUUCACAUCGUCCACCACUGAUGCGGAACCUCGGACAAAUUCACGCGGAUGACAGUAUCCCAACACCAGCAGUGCGGAGCUACAUUUCACCAGAUCAGCAUUCCAGUCCUUCCAGCAAUGUCGGUCUUCCAGGAGGGCAGCAAGCAAAAAGGAGCAAAAAGUUAACUUGCGGCUCUAGUAGACGUUACUCUUCGACCACCGGACAGCCGGGACUACCUCCAGGUAUGAUGUCAAACCUAAAUCUACAACUCCCACAAUUGGACAGUAUACAACGUACACAGAAAAUAUUGGAUAUGCGCUUGCAAAAUCUCCAGGUGGUUACUGGGUCGUCGUUCGAUGAGUCGGGCAAAAAUCAAUCACAUCGCUCAAGUGUGAACACGUUCGCCUGUUCAGACAUGAUUGUUCAGAUGCGUCCAACGUGCGUUGGUGGAGUAGUGGUUACACGUUCGCCUCGUAUGUCAGAUGUCCGGAGUUCAAAUUCCGGCACGGCCAUUGGAUAUGCACUGCUGAUGAGCUCUAAUAAGAGCGAAACUCGAGCGCAGUCCGAUCAGCUAAACUGUGCCUCUGGAAAUGCCCGGAUAAAGGAGGAGAUUAUGCACGUACGUCAACUCAUCGGGGAAAAUCAAAAGGCCUUAUCCAGCAUUGUCAAAGCAGUUUCACAAAUGCAGGACCAAGCGCAGUCCGAUCAGCUAAACUGUGCCUCUGGAAAUGCCCGGAUAAAGGAGGAGAUUAUGCACGUACGUCAACUCAUCGGGGAAAAUCAAAAGGCCUUAUCCAGCAUUGUCAAAGCAGUUUCACAAAUGCAGGACCAAGUUGUAAUGCUUAAUGGGAAUAUGGAGCAAUGGAUUUUGGCACAAGCUGGGGGACGAGAAAUCCGCACCGUGUUUGUCGAAGAACGUUCAUCAACAUCCAAAUCACGACGUAAGGAUCGGCGUGAACGGGAACGUGAAAGAGAACGCGAACGCGAUUGGGAUACGUUUGUUCGGGACGUUGUAAUGCUUAAUGGGAAUAUGGAGCAAUGGAUUUUGGCACAAGCUGGGGGACGAGAAAUCCGCACCGUGUUUGUCGAAGAACGUUCAUCAACAUCCAAAUCACGACGUAAGGAUCGGCGUGAACGGGAACGUGAAAGAGAACGCGAACGCGAUUGGGAUACUACAAAACCGAAGCAGAGUAAGAGCCAGUUAACCAUCCCACCUCCCAACCCCAAUCCGAUUGACCGGGCAGCCCUCCAUGCACACAGCCGAAAAAAAUCUGUGAGCUUCCCUCAAGAGGAAUAUUGCAUUAAGGUGUCCCAGCAAACUCAGCUGCCGUCUUCCUGGAUGGGGACCCCGAGAAGGGGCACAUCAAUGUCUGGAGACAUUGUCAGACAUGGCCCAGUCGCGCCCUCAAUGGAAACUACUCACAAGGUUGCUGAAAACUCUUCGACAGCCCACGACCGGUUUCGCCCUUCUUGGGGCUCAUCAGGUAGGCUCAGUCCCCGAGUUUCCGUCAACCUUAUGUUCUGCUUGAACCCGAAUUGGACUGUUUCCGAGAAAUACACUCAUUUGCAUCUCCCGAGAUUCAGUUGA